AUGACUGCUAAAACAAAUACUUCGAAUUCAGAUUUUAGUUUUACAUUAUGGGAUAAUUGCUUAUCUGAUUAUUCAUAUGAGAGUGAAGAUGAAGGAGAUAAUGCAAAUUUAGUUAAAAAAUCAGAACCAGAAAAACAAGAUAAACAUGUUGCAAAUUCAGUUAAUCAAGUUGCAAAUUCAAAUAAUCAAGUUGCAAAUUCAUUCAAUCUAUUUGUAUUAACUAAAAUCAAUUAUUUUAAGCGUAAAUCAAAGAAUAAACUGAAAGUUCAUAAAGUUGUUAAAGUUGCUUCAGCACAAAAAGUAAAGGGAGUUAUUCAAGCUGCAAAAAUUGAAAAACCGACAACUUUAAAUUGGAAAGAUACACUUGAUUGGACUAAGAGAAGAGGAUUUCCAAAUGAGAAUUUAACUAAUUUCGUUGAAAGUAUAUCUAUGGGAUCUGAAUAUACAAAAACAAGAACAAAUGAUGGUUGGUUUGUAAUUAAAGGAAUUAGAAAAGAUUGA